AUGGAAUUCACCGGCCAGUACCAGUUUGCUGCCGGCAAUGCGCCCUACCAUCAAUUCCUCCCAGUGCCGCCUCUCACUCCGUCGCACUCUCAAUCGGCCCCUUCGGACGAGUGUAACAAUAACUCUUCGCCUGCUACGGAGCACGGUAACGGUCACGAUCGGUCAGAGCCGGACGACCAGAGUAAUAGCGGGAGAGGUGGUAGUGAGGAGGGUCCUCUGACGCCGGCGCAGUCGAAGCGCAAGGCGCAGAACCGGGCAGCACAACGUGCCUUCCGAGAACGCAAGGAGAAACACGUCAAGGACCUCGAAAACAAACUGUCAGACCUCGAAGCCGCGCGCAAGGCAGCCACGACGGAGAACGAGCGACUACGCGCCGACCUGGCCAAGAUGGCGACGGAGAACGAGCUGCUCAAGGCCACGGCCGGCAUGUACAGCAACACUUCGUCCUCAUCACACCCGUCAUCCCCGCCCUCCACGGCAAGGUCGCGAGGACCCCGCGACGAUGCCGCCGCCGCCAUCGUCGAGACGGGCCCGAUGCGCUACGACCCGGACGAGUUCAGCACCCGGGCCCUCCAGAACCACGACAUCAAGACCUUUUCCCACCGCGUCAUCGAGUCGCGCGACGGCCACAGGCUCCUCGCCGUCGGGGCCUCUUGGGACCUCAUCGCCUCUACCGACCCCUUCUCCCAGGGUCUCGUCGACCUGGUCGCCGUGGGGGACUAUCUACGUACCCGGGCGCAGUGUGAUGGUCAGGGACCCGUCUUUUCCGAGAAGGAUGUCCUCGAUGCUGUGAGGAUCUGUACCAUCUCGGCUGAUGAUGAUUUGCUGUGA